AGCGCCACAAACAAAUCUGCUGGCGUGAAGUAAAGCUCAGCCUUUUACAAAUUGUUUGAUGAAUCGUUCGAUUUGAAAGAAUCUCACUCCAUGCAGUAAGGAGUUGUCAAAAGCAGAUAUUAACUAUAAUAGCAUUUCAUAAAGAUGUCUUUUGGCUAUCCCGUCGGGCAACUACAGUAUCAGCCAUCCGCCGCUGGAGUUCAAUUGUAUGCACAACAACAACAGCAUCCUUCCGUACCCGGGGACGUUCACCGGUAUCAAGACUACGGACAGCCAAGUCAAUGUUAUGGCUCAUAUGGGAGUUUCUACAACAACGCCUUUCAAACAAAUGCGUACCAAGCUUACCAAUUCCAGAGUCCAAAUGACUUGUGGGAGAUUUUUGUUAAAGAGAUGUCCAAAAAUCCUGCAAAUGGAAACAGACAGGCUAUACAAGCUGAGGAUCUUUGUAACAUUUUAAACAACACUCCAAGCAUUCGAAACUUCUAUGGAAUCAACUGGAGCAGAGAAUUAUGUAG